AUGGACUCCACCCAGACACUUUCCCUCCCCGUAGAGGGCCUUUCGGAUAAACACCCAGAGAAGCAGCAGUCAGAGCAACAACAUGAGCCCCGACAGCAUGAGCCCGAGCCUGAGCAAAAGCAAUAUGGCCUUCUCGACUUUCCUGAAGGUGGAUGGCGAGCCUGGGGCGUAGCCCUAGGCAAUUCCGGCGUUAUGCUCUGUACCCUAGGCUACGUCAACUCAUGGGGCGUAUACCAAGCCUACUACCAAGUCCACCAGCUCCACUCCGAAACCUCCUCCGCAAUUGCCUGGAUUGGCUCCCUCCAGACGUUCUUCUUGUUCAGCGCCUCACUCGUCGGCGGCCCCCUGUUCGACCGUUACGGUGCAAAGGUCAUCUAUCCGCCCGCUGUCAUCUACACACUCACCAUAUUCCUCACCAGUAUCUGCAAGGAGUACUAUCAAUUCAUGCUGUGCCAGGGUGUCCUCAGCGGCAUCUCCUCGGGCCUCGUCAUGGCACCCGCCAUGUCCGCGACACCUCAGUACUUCAACAAGAAGCGAGGGGCCGCCAUGGGCCUCGCCGUCGCCGGAUCCUCAAUUGGGGGUGUGAUCUUUCCCAUCGCGCUGAAUCGCAUGCUCACGAAAACGGACCUGGGCUUCGGCUGGUCUGUUCGGAUCGUCGCGUUUCUUGUUCUGGGUCUCCUGCUGAUUUCCUGCCCGCCGAUCCGCGCGCGCCUACCACCAAGGGAAACGGACUUCUUCCUCCCUCGCGCCUUCAAGGAACCGGGGUACACGACCUUAAUGAUCGGCGCCUUCUUCACGUUCCUGGGCAUGUUCCCACCAAUCUUCUACCUCCCGAGCUACGGCAUCUCGCAGGGGAUGACGCCGACAAUGGCCUUCUACCUCAGUGCAAUUCUCAACGCCGCCUCGUUCCCAGGCCGAAUCGUCCCCGCAAUCCUCUCCGACAAAUUCGGCAAGCUAAACACCUUCGCGGGCGCGGGUAUCACAACGGGGAUUCUAACCCUCUGCUGGCAGCGCGUGGAGGGCAGCGGCGGUGUAAUCGCCUUCACUGCGUUAUUCGGCUUCUUCUCGGGGGCGAUAAUCUCCGGUGGAACUGUUGCGCUGGCGUCGUGCGCGAGCGAUGCGAAGAAUAUCGGGACGUAUAUGGGGAUGGGGAUGGCGGUUGUGUCGAUUGCGCCGCUAAUCGGGCCGCCGAUUUCGGGCGCGCUCGAGGAUACGAAACUCGGGUUUCGGGCGGUUUCGGAUUUUGCGGGCGUGGUUGGUGUUUUUGGGGGCUUGUUUACGUUGUUUGUUGUUAAGACUGCUGGGGGGAAGAAGGUUUUGUCUUUAGCAUGA